AGGUGAGAUGAUACGACGAACAUUACUGUUGAUAUGCAUCGCUUUUCUCUUGGCAAACACGUACGAGGUCCUUUCUCAAAGAUGUCCUGACCCUCCUUCGUUUCAGAGCGGACUGAACACACAGAAAGGAGUUGCAUCUUUGGAACAUGCUUGGCCGGGAGGAAUGAAGAUGAACCUUAGAUUUUCUAUUCCGGAAAACAUCGACGGUUGGCAAAUGCUUAUGGUCUUCUCAGAACGUAAUGUUCAGUUAAACAUUUGGAGAGCACAAAUCAUAAAAAAUAUUAAGGGAAAACGUUUCCGUCUGAAAAACUACGAUUGGAAUAAAAGACUGUCUAAAGGCGAAGAUUUGACAAUGGCAUUUCUGGCUACAUUUACUGGCAGAACUCCGAGGCUAUGUUUUGUCUAUCUCAUAUGGAAAGGUGAAAGCCCCCCUCCAGAACCAACCACAACGCAACUACCACCAACCCAACCAACAUCUAACCCAGUCACAACAACUGAACCACGACCUCCAACUCCUCCAGAAACAAAUCCUCCUUCAACAACUCAACCACCAACAACAGCAGCAGCAACUCAGCAACAAACCACAGCAGCAACUCAGCAACCAACACCACCAUCAACUACUCAAUCAAAACCAACAACAACUAAGCCAGUGCCAGCCACAACUCCACCAACAACUCAACAACCAACAGCAGAAACAACUCAACCACCAAUACCAUUAACCACAAAGGCGCCACCUACAGUCAUCUCAUCAUGUUCGAAAUAUGAUUACAACGAAGUACUUCAUAAAUCCAUUUUGUUCUACGAAGCGCAAAGAUCAGGAAAACUUCCAGAAAAUAACCGUAUUCCAUGGAGGGGUGAUUCUGCUUUGGAAGAUAAAGGUAACGCGGGUGAAGACCUAACAGGAGGAUGGUAUGAUGCUGGUGAUUUUGUAAAGUUUGGUUUCCCCAUGGCAUUUUCAACUACAUUGUUAACCUGGGGUUUCAUUGAAUACAAGACUGCAUACUCUGCCGCUGGCGAGCAUGAUCGAAUGUUAGAUUCGAUUAAAUGGCCACUGGAUUAUUUCAUCAAAGCACAUGUUAGCAAGAAUGAACUUUAUGGUCAGGUAAGUUCCAAAAGCAGGAUAUUUAUAUAUCUAAUUGAAAAAAGUAGCUACAAAAAUUGCGGUUGAACAGAAGCUAUUUAACGACAAUUUGAAAUAAAAAUGAAAUUUAAAUUAUAUCUGAAUGGUUUGGUAACGUUUCAAUUACAAUAGUAAAGAAUGGGGGCAAUUCACAAAGUAUAUAGUAAUAAUUUUGUCUGGUUGAUCUCUCAGCUCUCUUAAACGUUUUUUUUAACUACUUCAGUAACAUAUUCAUUAAUAAAACAAUAUUUUAGAAGCUUUGGAAUAAAUUCUUUGUAACAAUUACUAAUUAACUUACUCACAUGACAAAAUCAAAGUGUUCCUUGAAAGGAGUGCUGUUUUUGUUCUUCAUGAGUUUAUCAUUUGUAUUUUUAGGUGGGUGACGGGCAUGCAGAUCAUGCGCAAUGGGGUCGACCAGAAGAGAUGACGAUAGCCAGACCUGCAUUCAAGAUCGAUCAGGCCAGUCCAGGUUCAGAUUUAGCAGGAGAAACCGCAGCAGCUAUGGCAGCUGGAUCCAUAGCUUUCCGAGAAACGAACUCCCAGUACGCUGAUACUCUACUAAGACAUGCUAAAGAACUUUACGAGUUUGCAGCUCAAUAUCGCAGAGCGUACACGGACAGUAUUAAUCAAGCGUCCGACUUUUACAGAUCAAGUCAUUACCAGGAUGAACUUGCCUGGGCAGCAGCAUGGUUAUACAGGGCAACUGAUGAUCCGAACUACCUUCAAAAAGCAGAGCAACAUUUUGCAGAAUGGACUCCAUUUGGCAAUCCCGCGUGGGGAUUUUCUUGGGAUGAGAAAACUGCUGGUGUGCAAAUGUUGAUGUACCAGUUGACAGGCAGCAAUGUCUAUCAGACAUUGAUUCAAAAUUCUUUGCAACAAUGGCUUCCUGGCGGUUCUGUUCAAUACACUCCUAAAGGUUUAGCAUGGCGUAUUCAGUGGGGUGCAAAUCGAUAUUCAGCAAACACAGCAUUCUUAGCGCUGUUGGCAGCAGAUAAAGGUUUAAACAGCGAGGCUUACACAACGUUUGGUAGAAAUCAGAUUCAUUACAUGUUGGGUAAGUACUUUGCCUGUUUUCAAAUUGUUGCAUUUCUUGACAGCGGUUUGUUAUUAUUCAAACCGCAAUUGCUUGUUGCAUAGGCGUACAGGGUGUAACUCUUACGUUGCCAAAUUAGAAAUUCUCGACGAGUUACAGGGGUAGCGAAUGGUACAAUUGAAUUUUCGAACUCAACAGAUGAAAAGGACAAAGCUUUAGUUGACGUCAAACAAUGAAUAGACUGUUGUUGUCACGAAAUGAUUGAAUUAUACUAGCUUGACGAGUUGACGGUAAAUCAAUUGUUAGAUAAUGAAUCACAAACAAUGUAGACGAAGAUAUACGUUUUGUAGUUUUAAUUCACGGUAGUUUCACUCUGUACUUUCACACUGUAGUAUGGUAGUGUUGAGGUGGUGAGGUAUUGGUGUUGUGUUGGUUCGAAUUUGGUUUACACUUGUACCAAUUGUAGCGAUUAUGAUUACGGUAGAAUAUAAAGUCCCUUGAACUUCGAUAGCGAUUUUUACUGUAGCACG